UUUGUAUGGAGGGAACUUUAAAGAAGGCUACGAUCUCCCGCGGCAUUUCCGUACACUAAUCACAGUACUGCCCACAUUAUUUUUUUUCUGGAAUUCAGCAAGAUGAUGUCUACAAGCCAUGUCGUUGCUUCACCUCAGCUCGGCUCAUCUUUCUCUAAAGGACAAAUACAGCUUAUUAUUGGACCAAUGUUUUCAGGGAAAACUACAGAAUUGAUGAGAAGAAUGAAGAGGUAUCAAAUUGCCAAUUACAAAUGUCUUGUCAUCAAAUACUCGAAGGAUGACCGAUAUGAAAAGGAGGGGCUUGCAACACAUGACAGACAAACCUUACCGGCAGUAGCUGCAGAGAGAUUGGCCGACAUGGAAGUCUUGGGGGAGAGUUACAACGUCAUUGGUGUAGAUGAAGGACAGUUUUUUCCAGAUGUGGUAUCAUUCUGUGAUAAUAUGGCAGAGAAUGGUAAAAUUGUGAUAGUAUCUGCUUUGGAUGGAGAUUUCCAGAAAAAGGGAUUUGGUGAUAUUUUAAACUUGGUACCACUGGCAGAAAGUGUGAUAAAGCUGUCGGCAGUGUGUAUGAAGUGUAGUGGUGAGGGUACCUUUACUAAGAGGAAGGGACAGGAGAAAGAGGUGGAAGUUAUUGGUGGAGCGGACAAAUACUUGGCUGUGUGUCGGAUGUGUUUCCAGUCUCCAAUCAAGGACAAGGAGAACUGUACCCCUACAGUCAUACUGCAACAGUCGUCGGAGAAACUGUUGGCUAGUCGUAAACUGUUCUCCCCUUUGUCAAAUAUCACGAACAGUCACUAACCCCAGCCACAUCAUAAAUACUCAACAAUGUUAUUUAUUGAUUUUAGGAUUCAACUACAAGAUAACUUAACUUGAUAAUUUUUAAGAAGUUGUAAAGUAAUUAGUUUAAAGAUAUGAAUGUAUGCUACCUUAGUCCCAUUUUAUCAUAAGAUACAUUUUACAGAAAGAUUGUGCGAUAUGAAAUUUGUUUUAGCUUAUAUGAAUUUGAAAUGUAACAAAAAGCAAGUGCCAAACUCUUUAUAUUUUUAACAAAAUGUACUUAAACAUUUUUAGCAAUAAUCAGAUAAAUCUAAAUAUUUUACUACAUCAGAAGUGAAUAUACAAUUUUAACAAUCCUGUACGGCUGAUUCCUAUUACAAACCACGUUUAAUUUACUGUACAAAUUAUUUUAUUAUUUGAAUGAAUUUUGUAUACGCAUUAUUCUCCCUGUAGGUGUUAGAGAGUAGAGGACCUAGAUAUUGUUGUAGUCUGUAUAUGUGCAUGCCUAUGUCUGUUUUCAGGUCAUUGUUCUUUGACAUUUUUAUGCAAAAUGACCAAACUUGAUAUGCUGUAAGAUUUUUAGGGUGAAAUUUAGGCACACUAAGAGACCAGUGAUGUAUUUGAAUUGUGUGAACUGAUUUUCACAAAUGUAAUUUAGUUUAUAGUUGCCUAUAUUUUUCGAUUCCCGCAGUAUCAAAGAUUUUUUUUAUUUAAGUAGGUCACAAUGUGUACUAUUCACAAAUCCACUGAGCAAUAAAUGAAAUUCAUUUUAGUGCUCAAAUUUCCUUGAUUAGAUGCAGGUUUACCAAACUUUGUAUACCGUGUUAAAUCUUUGGGGGUGGGGGUGUUUACCAAACUUUGUAUACUCUGUGUUAAGUCUAUGGGGGUGGGGGUGUUUACCAAACUUUGUAUACCGUGUUAAAUCUUUGGGGGUGGGGGUGUUUACCAAACUCUGUGUACCGUGUUUAAUCUUUGGGGGAGGGUGUGUUUACCAAACUUGAUAUACUGUGUUAAAUCUUUGGGGGAGGGUGUGUUUCACCCAAUAACAAGGUGAAUAUGAUUUGUACUUUUCCACUCCACUGAACAGGAAAGGAAUAAGAUUUCUCAGCCGUAAUUUCCAUUACUGGCAAGUUUGACCAAACAUCCCUUUACUGAAGGUGUGGUGUGCACCAUAUCUAUGUUUUGUUACACAAUUAUACAGUGUACAUCUCAUCAAAUCAUUUUUUUAGAGGUUCACACAAUUAAAUCAUCAUCACUUGGUUAUUUUUACCUCUUUCACCCUGAAACAUUUGUUUUCACAAUUGAAAUCAAAUUGGUGAACAAGAUUAUGUGUUGAUGUUUGAUCAGUGUUACAUCUAGUUUUUAAAGAACAUUAAUAUUCAAGCCCUUUUAAUGCAGCUUUGUUAUGCUAUAAUUAAAUGUAGUACUAAUCCAUGCUCUUUUGGAUAUAGAUUAAUAAAUGUAAACAAUGCC